AUGUCAAGGUACAAGGCCACUGAUAAUGACGAGGAGUCUCGUCGGGCUCGAUCUAAUGGUGAGCAUAGUGCGACGCCUGUGAAUGGGGAUGAUAGGCACUAUGGAGAUAGAGAGAGGCACUAUCAGGAUAGAGAUAGGCACUAUAAGGAUAGACAGCGUCUACGCGAAAUAGAGCCAGAACCUAUUCCACUGGACCUAGUUCCGCGCGAAGACUUGGCGUCAUCAGCAGCAGGAUUAGAGUCACAACCACUACUUGAUCCAGAUGACCCACAAGUUUCUCCAUUGAAUUUGGAAAAGAUCAAAAUCUUGAAAUUUACACAAUUAGUAUUGGUAAUUAUCAAUUUGCUCCUUUUUAUUGUAUUGUUACUGAGUGAAUUCUUUGCAAUUCCAGGUUUCAAUAAUCGGGGCAAGUCAUUUUUGGAGAUGGAUUUAGCUUUGAUUUGUUUGUUUUUUAACCUGGUUAAUAAUAUAUUCUUUGUUGUUCCGUCUUAUUACGAACGAGUUAUGGGAUAUAUUGUUUCUGGUUUCUUAUUGUUUGACUUAGUUUUGGUAUUGAUUGUUGAGGAAACAAGACAAUUAAUGGGCUUAUUAGGAUGUUUGUUGAUAUUGUGGACAUGUUUAAACUCAACAUUUAACUCAUUGAUUGAUUAUUGGGUGGAAAAGGGUCGCCAUUAUCAAGAAAUCAGGUUAACUGGAAGAAUUGAAAAACGGAAAUCAAUUACUGAAUUAGGAAUCAUCAUGGUCAAGGUUUUGUUUGAGGUUUUCAUUCUUUGGACUAUUUGGUGUAUUAGUUUGACUUUAUGGUUGAGUUGCUUCGAUAAGCAUGAAAAACCGUGGGGCAAAUUGGUUCCGGUUGAUAAUAAUCAAUUUAGAGUACAUUUGGCAUGUUUUGGAGAUGUUCACAAGAAAUCUGAACAGCCCAUUAUCUUAGUUGAAGGAGGCCAAACUACUUCAAGUGAAGUGUUUCAAGAGUGGAUCGAAGAGUUGUUUCAACUAGGCAAGAUUGAGAGAUAUUGCAUAUGGGACAGACCAGGAUAUGGAUGGUCAGAUUCUGCCCCACCACCCGAUUCUAUAGGUAUUAUAACCGAGUACUUGUCGGAAGCAUUGCAAACAGAAAAAAUUGAAGGACCAUUCACUGUUGUUGGCUUUGAUAUUGGUGGCUUAUACGCAAGGAUGUUUUCGAGUAGACAUCGAGCCCAAAUACAUUCGAUUUUGUUUGUUGAUUCGUGGUCUCCAGAUUUGUUAAAGAAAUGGCCAUUUAGUGGUAGUGGGAAGAAAAACGAGUCUACAAAAGUAUUUAAAAACUCUUUGGAAGUGAUGGAUAACAUUACAGGAUUCAAGCUUUGGAUGAAAGGAUUUAUUUCACCAUUGGGUAUUAUUCCAAAUUUGCAUUGGUUCUUGCAUCCAAUGAGGUAUUCUAGCAAGAGCAGAAUAUUCGGUAGGGAUAUGUACUAUAGUUCAAGGUACAUUAGAGCUAGGUGUCAGGAACAACUAAUACUGAGUAUUUUGUCCUAUAAUGAAAUAAGAGAAGCUGAUAUUAAUGAAAUACCAGUUGGGGUCAUAUCAUCGGACUUUAUGAUCAAGAAAUCGUUGAAUUGGGGUAAAUGGCAGAGAGAAAUUAGUAAAUUGAGUUCAAAGACCGCAGAGUGGGUUAUUGCUGAAAAUAGUGACCAUUUCAUAUGGAGAAGCCCCAAGGGUAGAAAACAAUUGCAGGAUUUAUUAUUAAGACUAAUUGGGGAGCAGGAAUAUUGA